AUGAAGGCGUUGGGAUGGGAUGAACGUUACUUCCCUUUCGACGAAGACGAACCGGAGACGAGGAUGUGGGACUACUACCUCGACCAGCCGAAGGAUUUCUCCUUACGACACUGGAAUGGUAUCAGGCCGAAGCUUGAAGAGCUCUACCAUCAGAAAAGGCGUAGGAUUGUAUGCGAAGAUGUCAUCGAGCACAUCAAGGCCGCCUACCUGCAAUACCGCAAAACCCAACCCAUCAUGGCGCGAAUCGGCCUGCCACCCUGGCACGAGCUGCGUCUCCUGGCACCUUCACUCAUAAAUGCUAUUGUCGCCUUCCAGGAAACGGCAUACACCGAUCAGGAUAUCCAAGGCCUAAUGGAUCGCCUUAAGCACGAGACGCAAGGCUUCCUCCCCUCGGCCCAAGUGGAACUUGUGAAGCUCAUGAAUCUGGCCAAGCCCUCCGUUGAUGAGCCGGACUGCUCCCUGACCCCGCCCGGUUCGGAGAAAUACCUCACCGGUGCUCCUGUUUUACAAAAUUUCCUCGUCUCAUUUGCCCACUCGGGGCACUCAUACCUCGCCCUCGUCUCUCGUACGCCUUCUCUCGUCGCUCUCAGCCUCGUUUCGACUCGCCAUUUCGACCCACCGUUGCCCCGUCUUUCGAUCUCGCCGCCAUCGCCAUUCUGA